AUGAGAGCCACCAUUCCCUUAAAAUGUAUCGGGGAUAUUAUAGACUUCUCACCUCUCAGUGAAGAACAUUUAAUGAGCAUAGAUGAAGCAUCCCAUGAAGAGGAUGCCAAAAGAGCAAUACAGGAAAUGCUCCAACAGACAGACCUCCUCUUUAAGCAAGUUCAUGCCGAAUUGUUUUGGGAUGAGAAUUCCCUAAGACAAUUCCAUACUGGAUUGGAUGAGCAGAUUAAGAAACUGGAAACAUGCCAAAAUGCAGAGUUAGGAGGUGGUGCCAUAUCUCCAAGGGAUCAGAAAGUGCAGCUCACCAGAUUAAGAGUGAAGAGGCAUUUUCAAGGGCUGAACGAUUACCUGAAAGAUAAGAAAUACAGUUUGUGUGCCUGGGAGAUUGUCCAGAUCCAACUCAGAGAAUAUUUCCUACUGAUUCAUCAACUUAUCCAAAGGAUUCCAACUCAAGUGGCUCCCACUGAAUACUUUAGGCUAGAAGUUUUCUAUUUCAUCUCUGAAUUGUCCUUCAAGUUGCUGUUAGAUCUCUAA